AAGGACAACGGUCAUCUCUGCGGCUGGGCCACCGGCCACGCAAUGCUGUCUCUCUUGCUGAUCCUCUCAGGCCUGAGCCUUCUGACCAUCGCGGGCCCGAGCCACUUAUUCCAUCAAAAUUGAGGGGAAAUCAUACACUUUCCUGCUUGAAAAACAGUCAUUUUUACACCCACGUUUCUUGGUGUAUUUAUACAAUGAAUCAGGAAUAUUGCAUGAAGAUUCUUCAUUUUCAAACGGUCAUUGCUUUUAUCAAGGAUAUGCUGCAGACAUUCCAAAAUCAGCUGUGACACUAAGUACCUGUUCUGGACUCAGAUGUUUUCCCAGCUUAAUAUGACAGUUAUGCUGUCUUCCUUGGAGAUCUGGUCAGAUCAAGAUAAGAUUUCAACAAGUGGUCAUGCUGAUGAAUUACUACAGCGAUUUUUGUCUUGGAAACAAAAAUUUUUGUCUCAAAGGUCUUAUGAUAUGACAUAUUUAUUAGUUUACAGGAACCAUUCUACUUACGUGGGAGCAACAUAUCAUGGAAUGGCAUGUGAUCCAAAGUUUGCAACCGGAGUUGCUCUGUAUCCAAAGAAAAUCACUUUAGAGGCCUUUUCGGUUGUUAUGGCACAGUUGCUUGGAAUUAAUCUGGGAUUGACAUAUGAUGACAUCUAUAAUUGUUACUGUCCAGGAACUACGUGCAUAAUGAACCCUGAUGCAAUACAAUCCAAUGGUAUGAAGUUUUUCAGCAGUUGCAGCAUGGAUGGAUUUAAACAGAUAGUUCUGCAGCCUGAACGUAAAUGUUUUCAGGAUAAAACAAUUUCAAAAAUGACUUACCAAGGAAAAGCUUCAACUUGUGGUAAUGGAAUUUUGGAAGCUACAGAGCAGUGUGAUUGUGGCAAUCCAGAGGGAUGCAAUUUUAAAAAAUGCUGUAAUCCUAAAGAUUGUACUCUGAUCAACUUUGCAGAAUGUGGCACUGGACCAUGCUGUAACAAUAAAACUUGUACAAUCCAUGAAAGAGGUCAGAUCUGCAGAAACAGCAUAGAUAUGUGUGAUUUUCCAGAAUAUUGCAAUGGAACAUCUGAGUUUUGUGUACCUGAUGUGAAAGCUGCUAAUUUAGAAUACUGCAAUAAUAAGACUAGUUAUUGCUUUGAAGGAGUAUGCAGAGAUAGGGAUAAAUACUGUUCAGUUGCUAAGUCUGCUACUAUUCUGUGUACAGAAGAAGUGAAUUUUCUAAAUGACAAAUAUGGAAACUGUGGCUCCCGUUGUCAUUUUUUUCAUAUCCUUUGUGGAAAGAUUGUCUGUCACUGGACACAUUCGCAACCAGUAUCAGUGAAAGACUAUAACAUACAAUAUACUUACCUUGGAGGUCAUGUAUGUUUCUCAGCACAUGCAAGAAAUGGUUCAAAGCAAAUAACAACCUAUACAGAAGAUCUAACGAUGUGUGGUCAACACAAGGCAUGUCGAUCAAAACAAUGCUUAUUUAUUGGUGACAUAAAUAUAACAAAGUGUAACAGAACUUGCGCAGGACAUGGGGUUUGCAAUGAACAUUUCAAUUGUCAGUGUGAUCCUGGUUAUGCUCCUCCAAAUUGUGAACCAGCACUAUCAUCACCAGGAGGAAGUAUCAAUGAUGGAUAUUGGCUUUUAUCAGGAAAAGAUGAACCCUUGUUUCCAAAACGACGUGCUGCUCCUAAAAACAAUGGUCUUUUGAUCAGUUUCUACAUUUUUUUACCUUUGCUCAUUUUAAUUGCUAUUGUUAGUCUUAAAUGGAACAAAAUGAAGAGAUUUUGGAGCAAAGCGGGAACAGUAAGCAGCAGAUCUAUCUCAGAAGACAGCAGUAGUACAAACAGCCAGUCACAGAGUUAAAGUAACCAAGUGAUAAAAUAAAAGCCAU